AUGGGCUUGAUGUUUGCAGGCGCCGGCACCGCUGCGUCAACCCUUACUUACCUCCUCUUUGCUCUAUCUCGGAACCUGGCGGUUCAAGCUAGGCUACGGCGGGAAGUUCUCUCGCUCCCAGACGCCAGUGCCGCCGUUCGACAGAACCAAUAUAUCAACGCCGUCAUCAAGGAGACGUUUCGGCGGUUCCCGACGAUCGUGGCAACGCUCCCCCGCGUGCUCCUCGAACCGCUCGCCACGGAGACGUAUGUGCUGCCGGAGGGUACCGUCGUCGAAAUGCUAAAUUGGGUCCAUCAUCGCGACGUUGAGGUGUUCCCAGAACACGACCGGUUUAAUCCAGACAGGCGGCUGGAGAGCAACGAGGCAAUGGAGACAUCGCUGACGCCGUUUGGGAUCGGUAGAAGGAGCUGUAUUGGCAAAAAGCUGGCCUGGGAGGAACUUUACCUGGCUGUCAAUGCACUGAUGCGGGCAGGGAUCGAGUUUCGUGCCAGAGAGGAGACGGAUGACGAAGAUGCCGAAUUGUUAGCAUGUAUUGCUGCUUCGCCCAAGGCGAAGCGUCUAGUGUUGGAAAUAGCUAGGGUGUAA